AUGAAAAAGAACAAUGGAACGUCAAAGAAAAAUCAUCCAAACUGUGUGAAUAAACCUGUUGAAUUUUUUGAGAGCAAGUUGAAAUCGAUUCAAGGACAAAGAAAUAAUAUGACAGCAUUUACAGCACAAAAUAAAUUAGCUGUUUACUCUUCGUAUGUUGCGUCCUAUCAAAUUGCUAAGCAGAAAAAACCUCACACAAUUGGUGAGGAUUUGUUAAUGCCAGUCAUGAAGGAAGUCGUAAAAAUAAUGAUUGGUAAGAAAGAAAGUGAAAAGUUAAGUGCAAUCUCUUUGUCAAACAACACAGUGAAAAGACGCAUAGUAGACAUGGCUGAUGAUGUUCUCGAGCAGAUUCUUAUCCAAGUGAAAGAGUCUCCCUUUUAUUCCAUUCAAUUGGAUGAAUCCACUGAUAUUGAAGGUUUGCCUCAACUUUCCGUCUUUAUUCGCUUUAUCAACAAUGAGGUUGUAUCAGAAGAUUUGCUGUUUUGCAAACCACUGAAACUACACACCAAGGGUGAAGAUAUUUUUCAAUUGUUGGCUGAUUUCUUUACGAAGUAUUCCAUUCCUUGGGAUACAUGUGCGGGGAUUUGCACCGAUGGUGCAGCUGCUUGUACUGGCAUCAAGCCUGGUGUGGUAAAACGAAUUAAAGACAUAGCCCCAACUGCUGUAUGGACUCAUUGCUUUCUUCACAGAGCGGCCCUUGCUGCAAAAAAGCUGUCUCAAGAGCUGCACGAAGUGUUGAAUGAUGUUGUGAAGUGUGUAAACCUUAUCAAAGCAAGGCCACUCAAUCGGCGUUUGUUUUCGUCUUUGUGCACCGACAUGGGUUCUGAUCAUCAAGCAUUGCUGCUUCACACGGAAGUGCGAUGGUUGUCACGAGGGCGUGUGCUGAAGCGAGUUUGUGAUUUGCAGGAGGAGAUUGCUAUCUUUCUGAGGCAACAUAACUGUGUGGGAUUAGCCGAGAAGUUUUUGCAAGAAGAUUUCAACGCAAAAGUUGCUUACCUUGCCGAUAUAUUUGACUCUCUGAAUUCUCUAAAUUUAUCUAUGCAAGGCAAUGGUUUUACGGUGAUAGAUCACGCCGCCAAAGUGUCUGCUUACCACAAAAAACUCAUACUCUGGAAAAGUUAUGUCACCCAGAGAUGA